GUCGAAACGAUCGUUCGACACGACGAGCUCAGACUCGUUCCUGCAGUCGCCUCGGAAGCCGCUGUUGACAAUUGGGCCUCACUCCUCAUAGUAUCCGGCUUCCUCGGAGCUCUAUGGCAUCAGCCGUCUUUCAUAUACGGCUCAAAACCAUACCGUAUCGCCAAAGUGUCCAUGCUCUACGGUGACAACAAACUAUACGAACGAGCUCUAGACUCACACACACGGCAUGGAGAAAAAUGGGGUUAUCCAACCUACAUCAAGCGCCAAAACGAAUACUGCGGCUACUGGAACAAGCCCACCUUUAUGAUCCAACAAGUUGCCCAAGAACUCGCAAAGCCAGAACACGAAAGGGCAGAAUGGUUGAUGUGGGUAGACGCAGACUCCAUCAUCCUUAACCCAAACAUUCCUGCCCACAUCUUUCUGCCGCCUAGAGAGUUUUCACAUAUCAACGUUGUCGCAGCACGUGAUAUCCAAGGUCUUAACACUGGUGUCUUUUUCGUCCGUGUGCAUCCUUGGACAAUCUCGAUGUUUGUAGAUGGCAUGGCUUUCCCCCUCUGCAACCCCAAAGUCGACCUCGGAAACGACGCCGAUCAAGCUGCCAUGGCCCGUACGGUCGAAAAGUCGAGUGGUGGCCCUGAUGGCUAUGGCUUUGCACGCGGCAUCGUCUACUUGCCGAGAAGCCUGUUCAACAUCUACGAGCUGCCUGGAUACAUGAGAGAUGGAAGAACAGACGUACUCAGAAACUUCAGUGGCUUUAUCUCGCCCCACGCUUUCGAGGGCAANAAGGGAGAUUUCCUCGUCCAUCUGCCUGGAUUGUUUGGAGAUCGUGAGCCCUUGAUGUCGGAUUGGUUAGAUCUGGUCGAGAACCGUCAGGAUGAAUGGGCUAUCCCACUAGAAGAAACCACAUACCUCACAGAAACUCAAGCAUUCUGGAAACUGUACGGAGAGGCGGUGAAGACUAUCAAAGAAGCUCUGAACAGAGAGACCAUCGAAAAGGAUAUGAGAAAUGCCAUCGGACAACUCAGGACCGCGCUGAGCGAAGAAGCCGACGACUCUAACAAGAUCACCGAAUACAUGAACGACCUCAAGGAGCUUCUUCGUCCAUCGAGUUCUUCCUGU